AUGCCGCCCUUCAAAGAUGAGCAGCUGAUCAUCAUUGCGCCCGGGUCGCACACCACCCUCGCCCAGCUCGGCCUUCCCGAGUCGCUCACUCCCGCUCGCCUACGCAUCAAGUCGCGCAUGUUUGCUGCCGAGAAGGAUGGCGAGUGGGAGCCCUACAAGGUGCGCCGGAAGGACGGCGUCAAGCCCGAGGCCAGCGAUGCGCAAAGGCCACCAGCUGCGUCCGACGACGAUGUCAUCUACGAGGAGGACCACGAUUCGGAUGAGGGUGCCGUGUGGCCAAUGGUUGAGGGCCGUAUAGUCAAUUGGCCUUGUUUCUUCGCCCUCAUGACCCACGUCUACAACACUCUCAACCCACCCUUCCAUACGCCUAUCCUGCUGGUUGGCCAGCCCGCAUGGACCCCCAAGGAGAAGGAGAGGCUCACCCAGUUCUUCUUUGAGAAGUUCAAGAUGCCCGCUUUCACCAUCAUGGACUCGGCGACAGCCAUUGCCUACGCCUACGGCACUCAAAGCGCCACCGUCAUCGACGUGGGCUACCAAAAAGCCGAUGUUACAGCCAUUAGCGAUUUCAUAAUGCAUGAGACCGGCAGGGCCAUCUCUGUGCCCGACUGUGGAGGAGAUGCCAUGACACAGCGGCUUUUGGAGUUGUUGAAGUCCAAGGGGCUCAAUCGGGAAAUGUGCGAGCAAUUGAAGAAGAAUGCCAUUUGCGAAAUCCUACCCCCGAAUGUCCCUCUGCCGGGCUCCGGAGAAAGUGGUGCCGAGCCCAUAUCCAACCCUGCCGCUGCUGCGUCGACUGGGGCGACAGGGUCUGGCCCCGAUGGCGCCGCCACCAUUGGCAGCGGCCCUCGCGGCCCUGGCGUCGAUACCGAGGUGGGCGAAGAAGCGAAGGAGGAUGAGGAGAGCGAGGGAGUGCUCGACGUGGCAAGCAUUGUCACGAGCGGCAAGAUGAAUGAACUUUUGGCCAAGAAAGAGAAGGAGAAACAAGAAAAGGCUGCGGCGAAGAAGAAGGGCGCCGAUGCUGCCAGGGAGGCUGCGAACAAGCCAGGGCGCUUGCCCAACGCCAAGAGAGAAAGGGCGACGUUCCUGUACGAGGACCAUGCUCUUCUCAGUGCGCUCAAGGACACCACUAGUGGCCAGCAAUUGGCAGACGCGGCGGCAGCACUGGAUGAAGGCUCGCACCGGAAGGGAGACAAUGAGGGCGGCGAUGCGAUGACGGGUCUCGAGACCAAUGGCGCGGCAUCUGGAUCUGCUGGCAGUCGUGGUCCGAUUCGUCGAGAAAUCGAGGUGGGGGUGGAGCGCUUCCAAGCCGCAAGUGGCGGGAUUUUGGAGCGCCUGGCAGACACUAUCCAUCGUACAGUUUCUGCCGUGGACGAGGUCAACAAGCGCAGCGAGCUCUGGGAUUCUUUGAUCAUUGUUGGAAACGGCGCCAAGAUUCGAGGAUUCAAGGAGGCCCUCGUUGCGAUACUUCACACCAAGUAUCUGAUCUCUCCUUCCUCGGCUACUAUCUUCACGUCCGAGCUCCCUUCGAAUCUCUCGACUCCCACGGCUACGGGUGCAAACACACCUCAACAUCCCGGGCUUGGCCAAUCUACCAGCAGCGGUGUCAACCCACUGCUUUACGCGGCCACAACAGCACAAAACCCGCAAAUGAUGCACAUCAGCCAAGGAUCAACACCAGGCCCGAUGGGCUCACUCCAUUCGCACAACACGCACUCGGGCCACGGACAAUCACCGACCAGCAUCAAGCUGGUCAAGGCGCCAGAGUACUUCCCGGAGUGGAAGGACGUCGGGAUGGAUGAGGCGGUUUUCCUCGGAGCGCAGGUGGCGGCAAAGGUGCUCUUCAUAGUAGACCAAGGGCUGGGCCAGGGCUACAUGACGAGGACGGAUUACAACGACCAGGGGCCGUCCGGGAUCAGAGACGUGUGCAUGUAA